AUGUCUGUAAGCGGAAUUUUAAUAUCCGUCGCUGUUGUUCUCCUUUUAUAUGCCUGGCGAUUAUUCUAUAAAAAUAUAACCUAUUGGAAAUCUCGUCAUAUUCCCUGUGAUCCACCCCAUUGGUUGGUGGGAAAUUUAAGAGGAGUGGUAAUUCAGAGACCCUUUUCACACGUAUGGCAAGAAUAUUAUCUGAAAUAUCGGAAUGCAGGACCAUUUGCUGGAUUCUAUUGGUUUACCAAACCGGGAGUGUUUGUUGUGGAUCCCAAGCUUAUAAAGUUGAUACUCAUUAAAGACUUCGCAAAAUUUGCCGAUCGUGGUAUGUAUUGCAAUGAGGCAGAUGAUCCGCUGACGGGUUCCUUGUUCAAUUUAUAUGGUCAACAUUGGCGUUUUAUGCGUAAUAAAAUAACACCAACAUUUACAUCCUCCAAAAUGAAGGCAAUGUUUUCAUUGGUUAGGCGGGAGGCCCAAGAACUUGUGAAGCUAUUUCAGGAAAAUAUCGCCAUGGAUCCAAUAUUAGAUAUAAAGGAUUUGAUAUCACGCUUUACCAUCGAUGUAAUUGGCAGUUGUGCCUUUGGCAUUGAAAUAGAUAGUAUGCGUAAACCGGAUGCCGAGUUUCGGAAAAUGUGUCGCCGAGCCUUCGUGGAACAACGUCCAGGAAUUGCCUUACGUUUUAGUUAUCCUCAAUUUGCACGACGUCUGCACCUCAAACCAACUAUGGCCGAUGUUGAGAAAUAUUUUAUGCGAAUUGUAAGAGAUACAAUGCAAUGUCGUGAGGAGAGUUCGACAAGGCGUAAUGAUUUUAUGGAUCUAUUGAUUGAUUUGAAGAACAAUAAAGGGGAGGAUGGUUUGCCGACUCUGAGUUUUGGUCAGGUUGCUGCCCAGGCAUUUUCUUUUCUAUUGGCUGGUUUUGAAACCUCCUCGACACUUAUGGGAUUUGCAUUGUAUGAAUUGGCCCAACACGUGCAGGAGCAGGAAAAGGUUCGGCAAGAAAUUAGAGAGGUACUCGACAAGUAUGACCAGGAAUUUAGCUAUGAUUGCAUGAAGGAAAUGGUGUAUUUGCAGCAAAUAAUUCAGGAAACAAUGCGCCUCCAUACCUCCCUCUCGGUACUCAAUCGCAUGGCCUUGGAAGAUUAUGUGGUACCCGAUCACCCGGACUAUAUUAUACGCAAAGGAAUGCCUAUAUUAAUACCCUCCGCAGCCAUACAUCGUGAUGAACGUUAUUACCCCCAGCCAGAAAAAUUUAAUCCCGAUAAUUUUUCCCCGCAAAAAAUCACACAACGUGAUCCGAUACUCUAUCUACCAUUUGGUGAGGGUCCACACAAUUGUGUAGGUAUGCGUUUUGGUAAAAUGCAAGUUAUCAUUGGCUUGGCAUUGCUCCUGCACAAUUUUCGAUUUUCUAUAUGCGAUCGAACUAUGAUACCCAUGGAAUAUGAUAAGCAGAGCUUUUUGACAUCACCGACAGGGGGGAUAUAUUUAAGGGUCGAUAUUAUUUAA